GAAAGCACACAGAGCUCAGAGCAUGUCGCCUCCUGUUGUUGCACCUCACUGUGGGAUCUGCUGUCGACCUUUCAGACUGCACACAUGAACGCAGAGAGCUUUUUUACUCGCUAUGUGCGACCUGGAGGUUUGGCGGAGUGAAGCAGCGCAGCGUCUGCUCUGAGUCUGGAGGGAGAAAACCAGGCGCUGAAUUUUUCAAAAUUUUUUUUUAAUUUUUUUGACACUGUUCAGCAACUUGGCAGAGAAGUGGCUUGCUUCUGUUGCCGCUUGAGGUACGUAGCGGCGGUCCUGGUGGUUUGUCCGGAGCUGUUUGCAGAGAAAGUGGAGGAAACAAGUGUCAGAGAGAGAGCAACAGAUGUUUUUCGUGGAUAUGCGGCCGGCUGAGGAAUGAGAGCAGCAGCGAGGCACCGGCGGCCCUUCCAGCGGUUCUGCUGCUGUGGAGUCGGGCUGGUCGCCGUCCUUUGGCUCACACAGGUCAUCCAGGCACCAGAGACGGAGUCUUCGGGGUCUCGGCCAGGCGUGAAUGGCGGGACGCUGCGAUGGACACGCAGGCUGAUGCAGGAGAAAUCAGACAACCAGAGCCUAGAGCAGCCGCGAGCAGCCAUUCAUGAGUUUCCAGACGACAUCUUCAACAAGGAGCAGAGGAAGAAAGGGGCCGUGUUUCUUCAUGCGCUCUGUGCGAUCUACAUGUUCUACGCUCUGGCCAUCGUCUGUGACGACUACUUUGUUCCUUCCCUUGAGAAAAUAUCUGAGAACCUGCAGCUCAGUGAAGAUGUGGCCGGAGCGACAUUUAUGGCUGCGGGAAGCUCUGCUCCAGAGCUUUUCACCUCUCUCAUUGGUGUCUUCAUCACUAAAGGAGACGUCGGAGUCGGCACAAUCGUCGGCUCCGCUGUCUUCAACAUCCUGGUCAUCAUCGGCCUGAGUGGGAUCUUUGCAGGCCAGACGGUGGCUCUGACAUGGUGGUCCCUCUUUAGAGAUUCCACCUACUACAUCCUCUCUGUACUGACUCUCAUCAUGGUUAUCUAUGAUGCCAUGGUUGUCUGGUGGGAGUCCUUGCUCCUCAUGACCAUGUACGGGAUCUACAUUAUAAUCAUGAAGUUCAACUCCCAGAUUAUGGUGUUUGUGACGCGUCAGUUCAGGAGCGUCGGGCCGUGCUGCCUCAGAUCAGAGGAUCGCAGAGACGACAAGACGGGAGAGGAUGCCUCCGCUUGCAACACUUCCAUGGUGCUCCUCAACAAAGGUCAAGCCUAUGGUCAGGAGCCCCCUCCUGUCGUCAUGGUGGAUGAGCUCCUCAUCCUCAACCCCCACAAACUGUCCUUCUCAGAGGCUGGCCUGCGUAUGAUGAUCACCCCCCACUUCUCCCCUCGCACUAGGCUCUCCAUGGCAGGACGCAUGCUCAUCAGUGAGAGACAGAGGCUGAUCCAGAGUUCGAAAAACCAGCGUGGCAGCGAGGCCGGGCCCGGGUCACGAGGGGAGUCAACCAGCAACAGCCUGAAGAGGACGGAAUCCUGCAGUUUGGAGAACGGAGGCGGGAGACCUGGAAUAGGAGAUGCAGAGUCAGGAGACAAGCCGGGGGUAGAGUUGAGCCAGCCAGAGGAAGAGGAGGAUGAUGAAGAUGGGAUUUUCAGUCCCGUGCGCAUACCAGGUGGCUGUUGUGCGCGGGUGAAGUGGGUGAUAACGUGGCCUCUUGGCCUCCUGCUCUACUGCACUGUACCUAACUGCAUUCUGCCACGCUGGCACCGCUGGUUCAUGGUCACCUUUGUGGCCUCCACCCUGUGGAUCGCCGUCUUCUCCUACCUCAUGGUGUGGAUGGUCACCAUCAUCAGCUACACACUAGACAUCCCAGACUACAUCAUGGGCAUAACGUUCCUGGCAGCAGGGACCAGCGUGCCAGACUGCAUGGCAAGUCUGAUUGUAGCUCGACAAGGCAUGGGGGACAUGGCAGUGUCUAACUCCAUAGGCAGCAAUAUCUUUGACAUCCUGCUGGGUUUGGGUUUCCCCUGGGCUUUGCGUACCCUUGUGGUGGACCACGGAUCAUCAAUCUCCAUAAAUAAUAAAGGACUGGUGUAUUCUGUCGUCCUGCUGCUGGCGUCUGUGUUUCUGACGGUGAUGAGCGUUCAUCUGAACCACUGGAAGCUGGAUCGCCGGCUGGGUCUGGGUCUGCUGUUUCUCUAUGCCAUCUUCCUUCUCUGCUCCAUCUUCUUCGGGCAGCUGUGAGGCCUUAAGGUCAAAGGUCAACCCUGUCAGACAACAUGCUGAGUACCUACCUAUCUACCACAAGUCCUCUUUCCUGAAGCCAAAAAAAAAAAAAGUGACUGUUGUUGUGUUCCUCGUGAGAGUUUCUGUGCACCUCUUUAGGAUUCAAUAUGGUAAUACUGUACACAUGCAACUACACAAACACACACUGAAGUCUUUAUUUUAUCAAUAGCACUUUUUUUUCUUUUCGUACAGUGCAGUGUUUGAAAGCAGUCAGUAUCUAAGUAUCAAAUAUAAUACGUACCAAAAUAAUGAUGACAUGGCAGAUGGAAGCAGCAGAUUUAUUUGGAAGUGACAUAAACUAAAACAAUGUGAUUUACAAGACAAAUCAAUAGUUCUGUGCCUCAUUAGUAUUAAUGAUGUAGUGUCUAAUAUUUUAAUGAUGUUUUGUUUUAAUAAACUGUGUUAUCACCUUCACAUUAAAGCAAUAAUCAGUAGUACAUACAGUACAGUAGUUUUACAGGCUCAGAGGCUCCUCUCAACUCCUCAAAAUCACUAUAAUGCACAGCUGCACAACUACAUAUAUUUAUAUUUUAGUUGUCUAAAAACACAAGUACAACCUUUUACUUGUUCACAAACUUAGAUUAUGCACACUGAAGCACAUCACCUGUUAAUAUCUCAUGCAGUGAGCACAAGGGUCUUGUUCUUUUAGGGACUGUUGCUUCCCGUCACUGCAGCUCUGUUUCCUUUGAGACUACUGUUGAAUUAAUUUAUUUAUAUUUUUAAUGUUCAUGCUCUGAAUGCAGCCGCAGCCAAGUAAAUGAAAUGCUUUUUACAAAAUGGAAAGCAAAAGUCAUUUCUGCUCAUUAUAGCCUUUAUCUCUUUGGCACAUGAUGAAGUUAACAGCUGCAGUUGUAAUUUACAGUAGGGGUAACGAAGCGUUGAAAUGACACUACCCAAUAAAAACCCUGCUUGGCUACAGUCCAGAACACAUUGUCUUUAAAAUACAUCAGGGACCAGGACGCGUGACAAGAGGAUGAAAUCAAAGGCUAUGUAGUGAAAGGAGAAAUUCACUCAUUGAAGACCAAAUUAACAAAGUUACCGGUAUUAAAGGGAUUUGUUCUAUUUGACGUGUUACCCUGGUUUUGGAGGCCGUCUCAACAGCAUAAACAGCUUUAGGUUAAAAUGCUGGAACGAUGUUUUCUCUGAAGAUUUCACAGAUGUUACAAACAAAAGGUACUUGAAUCUGCCAUGUCAUGCUUGAGACAAUUUACUCAAGAACUCUACAAAAAUGACCAGAUUAAUUUUAUUGUCUGUUGGCCUUAGGUUUCAGUACCCUUGUAUGUUUUGAAUGUACAUCCUAACAGACUUUUACUGUUUGUGUGGAAAUAUUAACAUGCAUUCAAAUGUAGCAGGUGGCACUGAAUUACAGCGAACAACCUCUGAACAGACGGUGAGCUACUUAAGUCCUACAAUACAGGACAUGUACAUGUACGUGUCAGAAUACUUUUAGAAUAGAAACAUUGAUAUGAAAAUGCACAUUAUUGUGACAAUAUUUUGACCAUUUUGCCUCACUACUUAUAAGCAAGUAUUGGUACAGCUAAAUGUACGUAAAGAGAUUAACAGUGUUACAGUAUUUUUAGAAGUCUUAUUACUAUGAAAUCUAAUAUAUAAUGUACUUCUAUGAGUGUCACCAACUUUGAUGACUUUGAGUGCAGGUUAGUUGUAAUACUUCACGUUUAGGUACGACAAUCGAUGUUUGUAUUGUUUCUUGUACAUUUUAUGAGAUUAUUUCACUUUGGUGGAACAUUUUUGUUUUUAGCACAUCAGGACAGAAGCAGACAAAUCUGCCAUAAUGUCCACAAUACACAUAAGUGAGUGUGUGUGUGUGUUUGUUUGCAUGUUAUGGCAAGCAAUGCUGCAUAUUCCAUAUUCACACUGCUGCUCUUCUGUCCUUAUAUGAAAAUUAGGAAAACAGAACAAUCUGAACAUAAUUUAGAUUAUAUAAUGAUUUUUAGUGUGGUGAGGACAACAAGUUGCCACUUUUGGUACUUACUGUUAUGAAACUUGUGAAUUCAAGACUAAAUGUUCCACCAAAGGGAUCGGGGUGUUUUAUUUUUCAAAUGGCUGUAUAAUUAUUAUUAUUGUCUACUCGACAAUACUUUUUACUGUUUGUAAAUGUUAAAUAAUUUACAUAGUUUUACAAUAAUGAAUGUCUGACAGACUAGUUUUGUGGUGUUUUUGAUAUUUAAAAAAGAAAUAGAUCAUGUAUGCCUACUUGUGAAUUAUUGUAACAGGAUGAAUGCAUAUUUUGUCAGUUUGUGGAAUACAAAGGCUGUAGCACUCUCUUUGUUUUCAAUUCAAUUGCAGUUGUGUCUUAAAAUCUCUUCAGCACUAAGAUGUUCUUUUUAUUUCAGUAUUCAUUCGUUUAUACACUCAACCUUAUUUCAUUCAAGGGAACACGGAAAACUAAGCGCCAUCAUUUGAAAAAUGUUUUUAAGAAACUGCUAGAAUAUUUCAAUUUGUGAGUGUAGCAGCAGUCAAUCCUGUUUUGUUAACAGCUACAAUGAGUUUUCACUUGAAGCUGACAGUGUCUAUUGAAAGCAAAAUAACUGUUUAGAAUAUUUAUUUGUGGAUUUCAGUGUACAGUGAGGACAAAGUGCUGUAUUUUAGUGGAGAGAAAAUUCCACUUAUCUUAAAUGACAUUAAGUAUUUAUCCCUUUUGACACUAAAUUGUCCAACUAGCAAAACAAUUCUCAACAUCUGUUUGUCAUAUUUUCUUUUUUAGCCCAAGUUUUAAAAGUGAAGUUGCAUAUAAACACACCUUAUCAGAUCUGCUCAAAUGCCAUGCCAGGAAUUUUGUUACCUAUCAAUGCAUCUUAAAGAGGUUAUCGGGUGACAGAAGAGCUGUUAAAAUGUACAGAAAUAAAAGUACAGGAGUUACACAUUUUAAGGGUAAAGUGCAGUCUAGGUUUGAGGAAUAGUUUUGUAGGCAGGUUGUUAACAGUCCCUGCUACGUGUGACCUUUCCUGCAGAGGACAAUGAUUACAUUUUUUCUUGAUAAAUGACUUAAACAUUCACUAGUUACAGCUUCUCAUGUGAGGAUUUACUGCUUUUCUCUGUGGGACGAAAGGUCGAAUCUAACAAAAACUUCAGCACCUUGAGCUUUGGGAAAUUGAGCUAACACUUUAAAUACUUUCUGUCAUUUUAUGGACUAAAUGGAUAGUUAAUUAGACAAAUGAUCAACAGUGAAUGAAAAUAAUUGUUAGUUCCCUUCUUAAUUUAACAGUUUGAGUUUAUUAUUUGCUUUAGCUGAGGCAGAAAUUGUCUUUGCGUGUCUUCAUGCUUGUUAAACACCCUCAACCUUCACAACUCAUUGUGUUUCGCCAGCAGUUUGUGUUCACUUGGCUGUUUGGAGUCUCUGCUGUAAGCUCUUGCAUUCAAACCUGGUAAUAAUCUCAUACAGAGACACAACGGCACCAAACCAAACAGCUGAACUUGUGGUUUCGCAGCACUCCAAGAAUGUUCUGUUUAUUCUGCUGUGGUGUUGGAGGUAGAAGAUAUUUUAUAGUUCAAAUUUAAUGCUUUAGAGGUCGUAUUGAAUCAUAGAGGACUGUUGUAUCUUGAGUGCAAUAAAAAAAAAAGUGCAAUAACAA